AUGAGUGGUUUUUUUAAAGAAAAUCUUGACAUAGAUUCUGAGAAAGGUUCAAAUUCUAAUGCUCAACCAUCAGAAGCAGUACUACCAUCACAAACAGAUGGCUCACAUAAUGUCGGAUCAGAAGAUACUCAACAAAAUGCCGAAUCAAUGAACAAAGGCCAAUUACAAAAGAAACAAAAUAAGCCUCGGAACACUGACAAUUCGUUUUGUUGUUCCAUGUGUGAUAAGAAGUUCUCCACGGAUGCUGGUCGCCUUGAUCACGCAAGAGUCAAGCAUAAAGUCGGAGAGCAAAUUGAUCUUGAUAGUUUGACACUAAAAGAUGAUUUGAAAUGUCACUCUGAGUUAAAAGAGUUCGAAAGUCAGCCAAAUCUUGAUCUUAUUACAUUUGAUCAUGGUAGUGACGGUUGUGACACAUCACAAUCGAGUUUACCAGCAACAAUAACAGAAACUGGCAGUCUCAUCCAAUUUGAUGAUGAUGAUAAUAGUGCUGGUGAUUCUUUUAAUACGUAG